GCGAUUCAAUUUCUAAUCUACUACUAAUAAUCAGAGUCUGCUGCUGUUUCUUGUGCCACUGUCACGCUGUGUGCUUGUAGAUAAGACUUGCUCUUGUUGCUCCUUUUGGGUGCUGGGUGGGGUUUGCGGGCGGUUCCGUCGUCGCUGUCCGGGGCGGGCGACGGAUGGGACUGAAUGGAGGAAUCCGCCCGUGCGUCCGGCGGGCGAGGGGCUGUCGGCAGCAGCGCCGCGGGGGGGGCAGCAGGACAGCCGGUGGGUCUCGCGGCGGCGACCGGAGUGGCGCCUGUCGCGAGCUUUUCUUUCGGUUGGUGCCCUCUCUCUCUUUUGCAGAGGAGAGGAAAGGAAAGGAAAGGAAAGGGAAAGCGAGCGAGCUUUGACAUCGGCGAUCAGGUGUUCCCCGACACUAGGUAGCCAUCCACCAUCGCUGACGACUUUGGACGGAUCUCGUCGAGUGGGCCCGGGCAUUUUCGUGACAAUCAGCAGAGUAGAGUUAGUUAGAGCGGGUACUUUAGGUAAGUGAGGGUGGGAUCAAAUCCCAUCACACAAAGGUAGCCUACGGCUACGGGUCCCCAUUUCUUUUCUUGCAGUGAAUAGUGAUGCGGUAGAAUCACUGUUGCAUUGCACCACACGGGAGGGGACGCUGCACGACCCAGUAAUGUACUGUAUACAUAAAAGCGUGCUAGCCCGUGAAUCUAUUGACUAGUACAGUAAUUUAUACUAAGUGGUAAAUGUUAAGAAUAUUCUUAAUAUUCUAAAGUGAUCAAUUAGUAGAUAAUUAGCAACUGCUAAUGACGGUUUUCUUUCACGUUCCCGCUCUCCUGAUCGUGGGAGCGGACGUCGUGGGAGCGGGGCUCCCGUAUCCCCUGGAAACUGCCCCAUCGAGGACAUCGCUCUACACUGAGAAGAGAAGGCCGGGAGCAGUUCACCAGGCGCCGGAGCCCUUCGUGUUUCCGGCGAUCACCGGAGUUGGAAAGCGAAACAAGGUACAAUGCCUCCACGGCCGUACGUACCGUCUGCACAACUCGUUCUUCGCCUCGUCUUCAUGAUCUACUACCGCGCCUGCCGCAUCGGGGUGCCGUUCGACAACGAACACAUCCGGGACUCCCUCCUCAACGCACUGCGGAAUCUCCUCGGAGAGAGCCGCGGCGCUGGUGCUCCGGUGGAGGCCGGACGUCGUCGUCGUCGACGCGGGCGUCGUGCUUCCGCUCCAGUGGCACCGGUUGACCCAGUGAUGGGUUUGCCGGCGAACUGGAGUCCUGGACAGGAGGAGGCGUCCGUCCAGCACCUCCCCUGGUGCCCGUUCCAGGGCACGGCGCCGGGACCGUCCUCCUGGGUGCCAGUGGCGCUAGCCGCCAUGAACCCAGAGGCCGGUCUAUCGUCUUCGGCCGCACCGCCUGGCUUCACCGACACCAUGGCAGCGCCUUCGUCUUCGGCUGCGGCUCCUUCCGCGAACGAGGCGGCUACUGCAGCCGGUUCCCCGUUGGCGAACGGAACCUUGCCGAACGGAUUGGCAACUCCUCGGCCGCUCGCGACCAUCGCAGCGCGCCGGGCCGCACCUCCGCUCCGCCUCUUCUCCAGGGAUGCCGGCGACGUCGUCGAUCCGGCACUGCAGGCCCCACCACCACCGCAACCAACGACACCUCCGGCUGUCAACGUCGCCGACCAGGUGGUGAGCCCGACGCUCUGCCGAACCUGGAUCUCCGUGCCGCACGGCGAGUCCGCACGCGCGCAGGCUAGCCCUCGCGCGAACGGCCGCGUGCGUGCAUUGGAGAACGGCCACGCUAGCCCAGGCAUGAGCGGCGGCGGCGGCGCUUCUUCCUCCGCGGAGGGGCGCGCCCCUCCCUCUGCUUGAGCCGCCAACAGAGAGGGGAAGGGAGCCACCGGCCGCCGGCUAGUCCUUGGGACCAAGCCUAGGCCGAGGGGCUCGACCUUCCCUCGAUCUGCGCCGGUACCUCUUCACCGGCGACAGAGAGGAGUUGGAGGAGGCAACGGCGGCGGCGGCUGCACUCGGCGACGGCGGCGCUCGCGGCAGCCGGCGUUCGCGCCCUCGCGGCAGCCGGCGCUCGCGACCUCGCUGCAGCAGGUGGGCGGCGGCGACAUCUGGCGUGGACGGCGACGGCAGCACCCGGCGGCGCCCGGCGGCAGCGGCGCUCUGCCUGGCCGUGGCUGGCUGAGUGGUGGCAGUUAGGGUUUCAACCCUAACUGCCCACCUGUUAUACAGGCCAGGGCGCGAGAGGGGGGGGGGGAGUGGCGCACCUAGGCCACUUCGGCAGCCCAUGCCCAGGUUGCGGCCUGCUCCCCACCGCCGGCUGAGGCUGGGCCAGGAAGCCGCCGCGGGCUGGGCCUCCCUACCACUGGCUGAUGCUGCUGUGCUGCAUGUCUGGGCUUGAAGCCAAGUUAUCUUUUAUGUUUAUUUGUUGUUUUUAAAUUUCCAGCAGUCUAGUACUUAAUCCUUGUGUUAGAUUAUGUUUAGUUGCUGCUGAUCAUCAGUAUUAGUGUCUAUAUUUCAGUUUAAUUAGACCUCUGCUGUUUUAUAUAUUUGUACAAAUGUGUUUGUUUACAUUGUACUUAUGCCAAUUCGGAUUCUAAUAUAGAAUGCUAGUAUGUUUGUGUUAUUC